AUGAAACCUGCUAUUCUUCGUUCCUCAAUCGUCCCCAAAUGGCAGAGACAACUUGGAGCCAUCCACAGGUCAAUGACAUCUGAGCUGAGGACCGCUCGAGGUUCUGGGGGCUGUUUGCAAAAGCGCUGGUUCGCCACACCUGUUGACGUCGCCAAGAAUGCAAAUGGAGAUUUGAGUGACCCCAGGGUAAAGGUUGUCAUUCUGGGAAGUGGUUGGGCAGGUUACGUCCUGGGCCGCCAGUUGGACAAGAGGAAAUAUCGCGUCGUCAUCGUCUCCCCUCGCUCCUACUUUGUCUUCACCCCUCUACUCAACGACACCACCGUUGGCACCCUCGAAUUCCGAAACGUCCUCGAGUCUGUGAGAAAGAAAAACAGUCACUUGGAAUUAAUUCAAGGUUGGGCGGACGACGUCAACUUUGCGGAUAAGACUGUUACUAUUGAACCCUCGGUGCUGGAUCCAGAUGUAGGCCACGCGUUGACAGGACCGAGGAAACCAAAUGAACAGCAGACAGCCAGUGGAUAUGCUGUGAAAGGAGUCUUCCCUCAUGGGCCAUGGGAAAAGGAGGUGCAGAUGGGUGGGACUGGCUUCCAUCAAGUCCCUACGUUUCCCAUACACUACGAUAAAUUGAUCAUUGCCGUGGGCACCUAUAGUCAGACGUUUGGUACCAAGGGCGUGAGAGAAAACGCCUGGUUUCUGAAAGAUGUACGGGACGCCGUCGCCAUACGUCGGCGCAUCUUGGAAUUAUUCGAACUCGCCCGGCUACCCAUCAUCCCCGAAGAAACCAAGAAACACCUCUUGCACUUUGCCGUUGUCGGUGGAGGUCCCACAGGUAUGGAAUUCGCCGCCUGCCUCUCGGAUCUGCUGAAAGAUGACCUCUCUAAAAUCCACCCUGAACUCAUGAAAUACGUUCGCAUCAGCCUCUACGACGUCGCCCCUAAAGUCCUCCCUAUGUUCGACGCCUCCCUGGCCGAUUACGCCGUAAAACAGUACAGACGCCAAAACAUUGAAAUCAAAACGUCUCAUCAUGUCGAAGAACUCAGGAAGGGAUUCCCUGACGACGAAAAAGCUCGUCAGGAUCAAGCCAGUCAGGUCAAGGGACGAGUCUACACGAUCCAUACAAAAGAAGAAGGGGACGUCGGGAUUGGCAUGUGCGUUUGGUCCACGGGAAACAUGAACAACCCGUUUGUCGUGAAGGCGCUCGAUCAUGUGCGUCGAUUCCCGACCGAGUCCGCACAGAUCACCCAAGGGGAAGUGACCGAUCCGAUGCAACGACAAUGGAUCAUCCAGCGGGACGCUAAAACCGGCGUCAUCUUGGUAGACGACCACUUUCGAGUGCAGCUUACGACAAAAUGCGCCGAGGGCAUGAAGGAAGAUGAAAAGCCCAAAGCUUACAUGAAGAAUGUUUUUGCCCUGGGCGACACCAGUAAAUUAAUGUCUGGUGCCUUGCCGGCAACGGCGCAAGUUGCGAACCAACAGGCCCUCUGGCUGGGAAAGACCUUGAAUAGGCACCCUUCCCCUAAAGAGUUCGGGAAGGAGAAAGGGUUCACAUUCAGGAAUAUGGGUGUCUUAACAUAUCUCGGAGGAGCCAAGGCUAUUCUCCAGGGCGGAAACGGGAACGGUAACAGCGGCGGUGCCGCGAAGGGGAUCAAAGGGUUGGCGGCGUACCUUAUUUGGAGAGGAGCUUAUCUCACGAUGACGCUGAGUUGGAGGAACAAGUUCCUUGUCGCAGUGCAAUGGGUCGCCGUCAAGAUCUUCGGCAGGGAUCUUAGUCGGUUCUAG